CAUUAGCUGUCCCCAUUGUGCAGGGUGGCAGCUGAAGGACCCUUUGUGUCUGAAAAAAUCACCUCAGUCUGAAACCGGCGAAUGUUUGUCUGUAACCGCCGAUUUAUUUAUUAAGAUCGCGCUUUCACCGCUCGAGUUCGACAAGAUUUCACAUACAACUGAGCAUUAAUCGGUCUGUGAGCGGCGGGAUCUCAGUUUAACACCGCUUUUACUUGAUUUAUUAACAUCCGGCGAUCAAACAAACAAACAAACAGCGACGUGUAAGUCCGAUUUCAACCCGAAUCUGAAUAUGAGCGAAACUCUGGGUCGAGUUGAAGUGUGUGAAAGUCUCUUGACAUGGAUUCAGACAUUUGGUGUGGAGGCUCCAUGUUCAUCAGCAGAUGAUCUGACCAGUGGAAUGGCCAUGGCACAAGUUCUACAGAAAAUUGAUGCUGUGUACUUUACUGACGCUUGGAUCACUCGAAUUAAAGCUGACGUUGGGGACAACUGGAGGUUAAAGGUCAGCAAUUUAAAGAAAAUAUUGAAAGGUAUUCUGGAUUACAACCAUGAGGUGUUGGGUCAGCAGAUGAAUGACUUCACUCUUCCAGACGUCAGUCUCAUUGGAGAACACUCAGAUCCCUGUGAACUGGGCCGCAUGUUGCAGCUCAUUUUAGGCUGUGCCGUGAAUUGUGAACAGAAACAGGAAUAUAUCCAGACCAUAAUGAUGAUGGAGGAAUCCGUCCAGCACGUUGUCAUGACGGCCAUCCAGGAGCUGAUGAGUAAAGAGACGCCCGUGUCCAUAGGCAGUGACUCUUACAUAGAUCUGGAGAGACAGUUGAAGAAGACGGCAGAGGAUCUUACCGACGCUUUAUCCACCAAAGAAGAAAUUGCUCAGCGCUGUCAUGAACUGGACAUGCAGGUGGCGGGUCUUCAGGAGGAGAAGAGCAGUCUGCUGGCUGAGAAUCAGGUGUUGAUGGAGAGACUCAACCAAUCGGACUCCAUCGAGGAUCUGAACAGUCCGGCCGGCCGCAGACACCUGCAGCUGCAGACACAACUCGAGCAGCUGCAGGAGGAGACCUUCAGACUGGAAGCGGCUAAAGAUGAUUACCGUAUCCGAUGUGAGGAGCUGGAGAAGGAGCUAGUGGAGGUCCGGGGUCAAAACGAGGACUUGACCUCUCUGGCCGAGGAGGCGCAGUCACUGAAAGAUGAGAUAGAUGUUCUCAGGCACUCGUCUGAUAAGGUGUCGAAGCUUGAGGCUCAGGUGGAGGUGUAUAAGAAGAAGCUGGAGGAUCUUGGGGACCUGAGACGUCAGGUGAAGCUCUUAGAGGAGAAGAACAGCAGCUACAUGCAGAACACGGUCACUCUGGAGGAAGAUCUGCGUAAAGCCAACGCCACACGAGGACAGCUGGAAACCUACAAGAGACAGGUGGUGGAACUUCAGAACAAACUCUCUGAGGAGUCCAAAAAAGCCGAUAAGAUGGAGUUUGAGUACAAGCGUCUGAAGGAGAAGGUGGACUCUCUUCAGAAGGAUAAAGAUAGGAUGAGAACCGAGAGAGAUUCUCUGAAGGAGACGAUUGAAGAGCUGAAGUGUGUGAAAGCUCAGGAGUCUCAGCUCACAUCAGGUUUGGUGCCACUCGGAAGUAACGAGCCGUCCAAUUCGCUGGCUGCAGAAAUUGUCACACCAGAGAUUCGGGAGCGUCUGAUUCGUCUGCAGCAUGAGAAUAAGAUGUUGAAGUUGGCUCAGGAGGGAUCAGAUAAUGAACAGAUCGCUCUGCUCACCAGCUUACUGGAGGACGCCAACAGCAGAAAGAAUGAACUGGAGACAGAGAGCAGACUAGUGAAUCAGAGGUUACUGGAGCGUCAGUCUCAGGUGGAGGAGCUGCAGAAGUCUGUUCAGGAACACGGAUCUAAAUCAGAUGACUCGGCUGUAAUGAAGAGGAAAUGUCAGGAACAUCUAGAGAAGUUAAGAGAUGCGUCUAAUGAAGUGCAGAAGAAGAGUUGUGUGAUUGAGGAAAUGGAGAGCAGAAUUUUUUCCAGCGCUCAGACCAUUGAAGAACUGGAGGAAGCGCUGAAGAAGAAAGAUGAAGAUAUGAAACAGAUGGAGGAAAGAUACAAGAAAUACCUGGAGAAAGCCAAAAGUGUGAUUCGGACUCUGGAUCCCAAACAAAAUCAAGGUUCUGCUCCUGAAGUUCAAGCCCUGAAGAAUCAACUGCAGGAGAGAGAGAGAAUGCUGAACUCUCUGGAGAAGGAGUACGACAAGACAAAGUCUCAACGAGACCAGGAGGAGAAACUCAUUGUGUCUGCCUGGUACAACAUGGGAAUGGCUCUGCAGAAGAAAGCGUCUGAGGAUCGAUUGGCCAGCACGGGAUCGGGUCAGUCCUUCCUGGCCCGACAGAGACAGGCCACCAGCGCCCGCCGGGCUUAUCCGGGCCACCUGCAGCCCACCACUGCCAGUGAUGUUAAAGCAUGACCAGCAGGGGGCGGGGCUGCAUGAACCAUAACCAGCAGGGGGCGGGGCUUCAUGACUUUUCGUUAAACUCAUGGAUACCUACUAACACAUCAUGAACUUCCGUGUGGUACAAACACGCCCCUGUGGUCACAUGUUGGGCCAGUGAGGUGUCAAUCAUUUUGUCAUGUGUGUUGUCUUUAAAACUGAUCUGUGAUCAGUGUCAGAACCUAACUGUCACACUGUUACAGAAUGAUGAUCAUUGGACGUCUCCGCAUUUGUGUUUAAUGGUUUUAUAAUGCGUGUAAUGACAGUAUUUGAUGUGGAGUUACUGACAGAAGAUUGAGUCACCGUGCCUUCACUCGUCUUUAUUCAUUCUGUCUUUAUGGUUCUGCUGCUCUGAUGGACGUGUGUGUCUGACAGCGCAGUAUUUCAUUUGACACGUCUGGUCUGUUACCUAAAGUGUUGCAGCCACUUCUUCUUCUUCUUCAUUUGUGAGAUCAGUAUGUGCUUUUUACUUUAGAUAUGAUGUUUUUCAGACAACUUUCAUUUUAAUUCUGCUGCUGUUUUCCACGAGUAAAUAUGAUGAAUAUUCAAUCUCCAGCAUAUAUAUAUGAACAGAUUUGAACUUCUGAACAGUAUUUGUCUUUGUGUUGUUUUUAAUGCAGGAUUUUAAUAUUUCAGUUUGUAUUAGAAAGAGGUUUUUCAGAGGUUCUCUCGUGUAUACCAGAUUAACAUUUUGGGAAAUACAUUUACAGUUUAUGUUUUUAAUCUCAUUACAUUUAGCUGAUAUGUAGAAGCGGAUGCUUCUUUCAACUUCCCAAGUUUAUAUUGUUUGUAUAGAAUAUGUACAUGCUGUAUGUGAGGCAGUUCUACAAGAUGCAAUUCAUGAUGUGUCUUCAUUAAAACUCUUUUGAGGAGUUUGUGCUUCCAGUGCUACAAAACUGUACAGUUGUAAUUCAAGUUGUAAAUAAAGCUUGUAUAAAAGGUUCAUCAAAAGUU